UCCAUUGGUUACUUCUGUGGAGAGCUACACUUGUAAUGUGGUAUACUGAUCCUUACAUGUUUCCUCUAGGGUGAUGAAAAUUCUCAUGAACUGCCUAAUGAAGAGAUGGUGUGUGAUACCAAGGCUGCGGAUGAACCAAAUCGAAAUGUUGAUGAAACCAAUACUGAAUUGAUUGAUCAUUUCCCCAUACUUGUAGCAAUUUCUCCACAGGGAAUAUCUCAAGUUGCUUGUGAUCGUAAACCAGAUCGUUUAGGUGUUGCAGAGCUUUAUAACAAGAUGUGCCAGGUACUCUCCGGAGAUGUCCAAGAUUCAUUAAAUGUGAGUCACCCUAGUAUGAGAAAGAACAUUCUUCCAUUGGAAGCGAUUUGUCAACAGAUGAACCAAAUUCUUUCUUCAUCACAUCAAAAUACUCCGAAUUUCAAGAGGGAACUGGUUCAAGAAUAUAGGGAUUCUGAGGCUAGUAAAUCCAGUAUUCCAGUCCUAUCAUCUCAAGUAGAUAAUAGGGUAUCCAAGAGUGCUAGCAAUUGUACAGUUGCAAGCAUGGCUGAGAGCAACGAGCACCACAACAUUUCUCCUGCAGAAGUUCCAGAGACUAGACCUAGUGGUUUAUCAACUGGAGAAGCUGAUAUAGAGAUGGUGGAUAAUAGUGACAUUUCCGCCACCAAUAUUGACAGAAAAGAAAAUUAGGUUCUGAGGCUAUUCGUAUAGAUGAUGAUUAAAAGUGAAUCUAUGUAUGUACUUUUGUCUGCUAGCUGCUAUAAACAACUUAUAAAAAAUGACGGUGACAUUUUUCUUUCUCCAAGUUGAUAAACACUGUUGAAGGAGGAGCCUCUGUGUUGUACUCUAUUCUCCCUAAUAUCCCAUGUUUUGAUGGACAUAUUAUAAAAUGAGAAUCAGUAUAGUCAAACUUCAGCGUU